AUGAAGGCACUUCAAAGUAGACUGAGGAAUCUCAAUGCCUCAAAGCUACCAGGAGUCUAGCUAUUCUAGACCCAAAAUAAAGAGUUCUCAGCUCAAGCUGCAUUCACUCAAAGAUUCAAGCAAAUCUAAGAGGAAGCUCUCUUAGGAGGAGGUCAAAAAAGAAUCGAUAAGCAGCAUGCAUCUCACAAAUUAACAGCUAGAGAACGCAUCAACCUCUUCUUUGAUUAGGGAACUUUUGUAGAGUAUGAUAAGUAUGUGACUCACAGAUGCCACGACUUUGGAAUGGAGAAAGAGAAGAUCUUUGGUGAUGGUGUAGUUACUGGUCAUGGUUUAGUUAAUGGGAAAUUAACCUAUGCAUUCUCUCAAGAUUUCACUGUCUUCGGUGGAUCUCUAUCAGAGACAUUCGCUGAGAAGAUUUGCAAAAUUAUGGACAAAGCAGUUCUCACAGGGGCUCCCUGCGUUGGUUUAAACGAUUCAGGUGGUGCUCGUAUUCAAGAGGGAGUAGAAUCACUUGCUGGAUAUGCAGAGAUCUUCUAAAGAAAUGUUGAUUCAUCUGGAGUGAUUCCCUAGAUUUCUCUCAUUAUGGGACCAUGUGCCGGUGGUGCAGUAUACUCACCUGCUUUGACCGACUUCACUUUCAUGGUUCAAGAUACAAGUUACAUGUUCGUCACAGGUCCAGAGGUCGUAAAGACUGUUACCAAGGAGACUGUAACUAAAGAAGAACUUGGAGGAGCUAAAAUGCAUUCAAGCGUAUCAGGAGUGUCUCACAGAGCUUUCGAAAACGAUAUUGAAGCAAUUGCAAGCACCAGACAACUCAUGACUUAUCUUCCACAAAAUUGCCAUGAGAAGAGAGCACCUAGACCUUGGACUCAAUUUGACAGAAACAGUCAAUCAUCAUGCAAAGUUUUGAACAAUAUUGUUCCAUUCGACCCAAACAAGCCAUAUGAUAUGAAAAUCGUAAUUGACAGUGUUGUUGAUAGAAACCAAUUUUACGAAAUCAUGCCAGAUUAUGCAAGAAACAUCUUAGUUGGUUUUGGAGAAGUUGAAGGCAGAGUUAUCGGAGUUGUUGCUAAUCAACCCCAAGUACUUGCUGGUUGUUUAGAUAUCGAUGCUUCAGUUAAAGCAGCAAGAUUCGUUAGAUUCUGUGAUGCUUUCCAAAUUCCACUUGUCACUUUCACUGAUGUUCCAGGCUUCUUGCCAGGAACUGUCCAAGAGUUCGGUGGUAUCAUCAAGCAUGGAGCUAAACUUUUGUACGCAUACGCAGAAGCAACUGUACCAAAGAUAAACUUCAUCACUAGAAAGGCUUAUGGUGGUGCUUAUGAUGUCAUGAGCAGCAAACAUCUUAAUGGUGAUUACAACUAUGCCUGGCCAACUGCUGAGGUUGCCGUCAUGGGAGCUAAGGGAGCCGUCGAAAUUAUUUUCAGAGGUAAGAACGUUGAGGAAGAGACUAAAAAGUACGAGCAUGCUUUCGCCAACCCACUUAAAGCUGCAGAGAGAGGUUAUGUAGAUGACAUUGUCAUCCCAGAAAAUACUAGAGAUAUUAUACUCGAUAACUUAAAGGUGUUAGAGUCAAAGAACAGAAUCAAGCCAGCAAGGAGACACAAUAACCUUCCACUCUGA